AUGGGGAAAGACAAGAAGAAGAGCAAGGAAGUGGUGAAGAACCCGAAGGGCACGCGAGAUUGGUCUGGUGAGGAUAUCGACCUGCUCAAAGCUAUCAGGAGGCAAAUCGAGAAAGUGUUCGAGCACUAUCGCGGGCUCGAGCUGGACACUCCUGUUUUUGAGCUGCAGGAAGUUUUAAAAGGGAAAUAUGGCGAGGAUUCCAAAUUAAUUUACGACCUGCAGGACCAGGGCGGCGAGCUCCUGUCACUACGCUACGAUAUGACGGUGCCGUUUGCCAGAUGGUUGGCCAUGAAUCCGGACAUUGAGACCUGGAGGAGAUACGCAAUAGGCAAGGUCUACAGGAGAGAUCAACCUGCUAUCUCGAAAGGACGCAUGCGUGAGUUCUGGCAAUGUGACAUCGACUUUGCGGGCGAGAGUGCUCCCAUGUUCAAUGACAGUGAAAUGAUUUCGAUCAUCGUCAAAGUCUUCGAAACCCUCGAGUGGAGUGGGAGGUACACGAUCAAGAUCAAUGACCGAAGAAUAUUGGACGGGCUCUUCGAGGUAUGCGGCGUCCCCGACGAAAAGAUCAGGACGAUAUCCAGCGCUGUGGACAAACUAGAUAAGCUGCCCUGGGCUGAAGUAAAGAAGGAGAUGGUGGAGCAAAAGGGUCUCGAGGAAUCAGUCGCAGACAAAAUCCAGACGUACGUUACGAGGAAGGGAGGGAAAGAGCUACUUGAGGAGCUACAGAAAGAUGAGGCUCUUAUGAGCAACCCCAAAGCCAAAAAGGGCAUUGAAGAGAUGGAGCUGUUGAUGCGUUACCUACGGAGGUGGAAGGCUCUGGACAAGAUCUCCUUCGAUCUAUCUCUGGCGCGUGGCCUCGACUACUACACGGGCAUCAUCUACGAAGUCGUCACUGAAGGUUCUGCUCCUACAUCCACACCUGCCCCGCCGGCCGACUCCGCGCCUCCCAUGGCACCUGUUGCUACGAAUGGCGCCCCCAAUGGUAUUCCUAAGAGGGAAAAGAAGCAAGUCACUGAAGACGAAGACAGAUCUGAAGACCCGUCUGUGGGGGUGGGCUCGGUCGCCGCGGGUGGUCGGUACGAUCACCUCGUCGAACGAUUCCGACCCGACGCCAAUAUUCCCUGCGUCGGUGUGAGUUUUGGGAUUGAUCGCAUAAUUGCCAUUACCAAAGCUAGGAUUGCAAAGGGGGAAAAGUUCAGCUACAUUACACGCAACCGAACCGAUGCAUAUGUCAUGGCAUUUGGCGGUUCCGGCUUUGGAGGAAUGUUCGAGGAACGGAUCGACAUUCUCGUUGCUCUGAGGGAUGCUGGUAUAAGAGCAGAGACCUUCUGGAAACAGAAGGCGAAGCUGCAGAAACAAUUCAAAGAGGCAGACCGUGCUGGGGCACCAAUUGCAGUCAUCCUUGGUGAAGAUGAGCAGGCAAGAGGUGAGGUGAAGGUUAAGCAGAUGGGCCUUCCAGAAGGGGACCCCGAGAAGGACGGUGUGCUUGUCAAGGUAGAUGAUUUUGUUGCGAAGGUCCGGGAGCUGCUAGCAAAGAUAGACGAGUAA